UGUUGGGUGCCUCAGAAAAACCGCUGUAAAACCCUCAAAAACCAUCGUAAAACCAAUAAAUCAUAGUGCAUUCGAGAGCAGAUAUAUUAGGCUAUACAACUAUGCAUAAAUGUCCAAAGCGAUUUUUUUGUCGAAAAAUGCUUUUUUUUGAGGGGGGGGGGGGAACCCUUAAUAUUUUUAAAGUAGUAAACUUCGUCAAAAACUAUUACUGCGACGGGAAAAGUAGUCUCGUUUAGAAGCAAAACUUUCUGCGAUGAAAAUGAUUACUUGUGUGCCCCAAAAGAGUUGUCACACAUAUUCUAGACAAGAUUUUUUUCAUCAAGUUGUCUGGAAUGGUUAAUGAGAAAACUUUUGCUUGGCUACUUGAUUUAACAUGUGAAAGUUAAAGAAAAAACGCCUCUCAAAAUGUUUUCAAACUCAAAUCACUCUGCGAACUCACGAUCUUACUAAAUAGAAAUAUUUCUAGCAUAUAGGUGUACGUAGUGUUUUUAGAUGCAAUCAAACACUUUCCAUUGGAAUAUUCUUAACUCCUUCUGCUCUUCUAAAACUGCAACAAAAUUCAUUUAAACGAGUUUAUUGACGUAGUAUUUCCAAAAAAUCUCGUCUUUUUCUAAUUUAUUAAAUAUUAUUUUUCUAUUUUAUCUCACUGUUUCUAGCAUUAAAUCGUCCUAAUCAAGUUGAAAUAAUUCGUGAUUUAAUUAUUGAAAAAUUACCGGAAAAUAAUUAUCGAAUAUUAAAAUAUAUUAUUGAAUUUUUAAAUUUGAUCUCAAGUUAUUCGGAUACAAAUUUAAUGACUGCAUCCAAUUUAGCAAUUGUUUUUGGUCCAAAUUUAGCUUGGGCACAGAAUACUAUGGAUAAUACAUUGGCUAAUAUGUCAUUUAUAAAUACAUUUACUGAAAUAUUAAUAUCUCGUUAUACUGAACUAUUUUUAAAAUGA